GCCUGUUUCACUAUCUCAGUCGCGUCCCCACCCCCGUCAAACUCAGAACUACAUAACAAGUGUCGGUUCCCAGUUAAGUGUUAACACCGCUUCGGGAGACAUGGCAGGCUACGGUUGGAUUCCCCCUUCUUCCUGUAUGGGCACAUUCCAGUGGGUGCCGUGCUAUGCUGGAGCUGUACCACCGGCGGCCGUCCAUGCGGGGAUGGACAGGGACGGUGGACACUUAUUCGUCGGAAGGGCGUUCCAUGCUGGUGACCUCCUUCCUGCCAAAGUAGCUCCUAAUCAUGGCACAGCCUUCGUUUCCUAUGGCGGCAGUGAAAUUUCCAAAUCUGACUAUGAAGUGCUGUGCAGCUCGCACACAGCUUGGAAGUAUGCCAGGGGAGGCGAAGUGCCACCAGAAGCAAUAAGGAUAGGUCAGACGAGUGACGGAGAAGGGCUUUUCAUGGGGCGUACCAUGCUGGAUGGGACUCUCACCCCCGGAAAAGUGCAUCCGAGUCAUGGGUGUUUGUACGUUCCUUUUGACGGUGAAGAGAGAAGAUUCGAUGAGUAUGAAAUUCUGGUCCUUUCAUAAAUAAAAAAUGUUGUAAGCAUAUGAGCGCUUAGUAAAGAAUAUUUUUUAA